UCUCUCUCUUUCCAUUUUGGGGUAUUUUCCUUUCUCCGCCCGUCACCAAAAAAGAGAGAGAGAGAGAGAGAGACUUACAUACUCGUAGGGUGCACUGGCCGUGGAGAGAGAGAAAGAGAGAGAGAUACGAGUAAAGGGACGUUGACGUGUGUGCGUUGGGAGAAAUAUAGAGAUAGGAAAAGUGUGGAUUUGGGGUAAAGAAAAAGAAAAAGAAUAAAAAAAAGAAAAAAAAGAGAACAGCACGCGCGAUGCGUAAGAAAUAAAUUAAUAGGUGAAAAUAAUCGCGUAAGAUAUCCGGUGCUCCUCGUGCACCUCUCCACGGCGGAGAUCCGGAAGGAAGGAGGCGUGCUCUCCAAGGGAAAUAAAAGGGAGAGAAACAAUCGAGCUAGCUAGCGCGCCAACCGAUUUGGGAUUUUGCCGAGCAACCGAAACGACCGAAAGAAAACGUCAAGAUAAACUACCCCGUAAUACCGGGAACACGUUCAACCCCCUUCCAAGUAUAUCUUGGUCGACACCACCUCUUCUCUCGUUUCUCUUUUCACGCGCGUCCUGUAUAUAUAUAUGCAUAUGUAUAGAUAUAUGCGUACCGCUCGCGUAUACGUCGGGGUACAUAUAUAUAAAUAUAAUCGAACGUACCCAGAUAUCUAUUUAUAAGUUUACACGAGAGAGCGAGAACAAGAGAUAGAUAGAUAGAGAGAGAGAGAGAGAGAGUAGCAGCGACGAUCGUGACGUUGCUAGCUAAUGCUACUCGUCUAGUGCUACGUUAUCUUUGGGGUGCCGUUUGUGAUGAUGAUGAUGAUGAUGAUGAUGAUGAUGAUGCAGAUGAUGCAGAUGAUGUGGAGGAGGAUGAUGAUGAUGAUGAUGAUGAUGAUGGUGGUGUUGGUGACGACGAUGGUUGUUGUUGUGCGUACGUAAGAAGAAGAAAUUUUUUACAGUGUUGCGGGAGAAACUUCUUUAGCGAAAACCAAAGAAAAAAAAAAAAUAGGGAGAAGGUGCUAGACGAAAGAUAUCUUGACCGUUCCUCUUAUUAUUUAGUUUCUUCUUCGUCCGACAACGCUCUUUUUCCUUGAGAGAAAAAGAGAGAGAAAGAGAGAGAAAGAAAGAGAGGGGAAAACAAAGUGUAUAAUAACGCGAACGAGGUCUCGUUUAAGACGGAUAUGAGGAGCGGAUACGCCCGGUUCACGUGAUACGCACAAGAUUGCUUCUAUCGUCAAAGUUUUUCUCUCUUCCAAAGAUAUGCGGUCAGGGAGGAAGGUUCGUAGGAGCCCAGUGCCGUAGCAUGCCGGCGUGCUGGGUGAGCCGUUGGUGCGCUAUUGAGUCAGCCGUGGUGGUGGUGGUGGUGGUGGUGAAACAGUCCCUUGAGAAGGGUACUCGUCGAAUAAUCAGUAACAGCGGUAGAAGCGUAAAAAGCAUAAGGACCAGAAGCAGGAGCAGGAGCAGGAGGAGGAGUAGAAGAAGAAGAAUAAGGAGCGAUCUCGGCUGGAGGAGCAGCACGGAGCUCGACACUUCGGACCGAUGAGCGCGGGGGGGGAUGGGAGCUCGGCAUUGGUUCCCUCAGGGGUGCCGGGCUCCCAGCCAAUGGCCGCGACCCCUUCGACCGCGACCCCCCCCCACACCGGCGCGGUCCGUUCCUCCGCGAGCCCUGGCCCAGCCGGUGCCCCCGGUCCUCCCACCGGUCCACCGACCGGGCCCCCCCCGACCGCCGGUGCUGCUGCUCCCAAGGCCGCGGCCAAAAGGCCCGCCCGUCGCGCUGGCAAACCACCGCCCGACAGGCCUACCAGGGCCCUAUUUUGUCUACCCCUUAAAAAUCCCCUUAGAAAACUCUGCAUCGGUGUCGUCGAAUGGAAACCCUUCGAAUGGCUCAUCUUGAUGACGAUAUUUGCAAAUUGCAUUGCUUUGGCCUUCUACACGCCGUAUCCAUUUGGUGAUUCCAAUCAGACCAACCAAUAUUUGGAAAAAAUAGAAUACGUAUUUCUCGUGAUAUUUACGGCCGAGUGCAUAAUGAAGAUCAUAGCUUAUGGAUUCGUCGCCCAUCCGGGUGCAUAUCUAAGAAACGGCUGGAACGUGCUUGAUUUUACGAUAGUCGUCAUAGGAAUGAUGAGUACCGUAUUAGCGAUGCUUAUGAAAGAAGGAUUCGAUGUUAAAGCGUUGAGAGCUUUUCGAGUUUUACGACCUCUCAGGCUGGUUUCCGGUGUACCAAGUCUUCAGGUGGUCCUAAACUCCAUUUUAAGAGCGAUGAUCCCGCUCUUGCACAUCGCAUUGUUGGUACUCUUCGUCAUCAUCAUUUACGCUAUCAUUGGCCUUGAAUUAUUUUCUGGAAAGAUGCACAAGACUUGUAGGCACAACGUAACUGAUGAGGUUAUGAGCGAUCCAGUUCCCUGUGGUCCUAUGGGUUUUCAGUGUAGCAACGUUGGUCCCGACUAUCACUGCAGCAAUCAAUUUUGGGAAGGUCCGAACGAUGGCAUCACCAAUUUCGAUAAUUUUGGUUUAGCCAUGCUCACAGUCUUUCAAUGCAUCACCCUCGAGGGCUGGACCGAGGUACUUUACAAUAUAGAAGAUGCGAUGGGAAGUUCUUGGCAAUGGAUUUAUUUUAUUUCUAUGGUCAUACUUGGUGCAUUCUUCGUGAUGAAUUUAAUUCUCGGUGUGUUGUCCGGGGAGUUCUCUAAGGAAAGAGAAAAGGCCAAGGCUCGUGGUGAUUUUCACAAGUUAAGAGAAAAACAACAGAUAGAGGAUGAUCUUCGAGGAUAUCUCGAUUGGAUAACACAAGCUGAAGAUAUCGAACCGGAAGCCGACGAGCCAAAAAAUCAAGACGAAAAAUCUAAACAACAAAACGAAAUGGAGAGUACCGAUCAAUUGGAAGGUGACGAGGAGUUCAAAGGUGUUCAACAGGAACCCGUAUGGAAAAGAAAGAAACGAGAUUUAGAUAGGGUUAAUCGACGAUUGAGACGAGCCUGUAGAAAAGCUGUCAAAUCGCAAGCCUUUUAUUGGCUCAUCAUAGUGCUCGUUUUUUUAAACACCGUAGUUCUCGCGACCGAGCAUUACAAUCAACCGCAUUGGUUGGACGAGUUUCAAGAGAUCACCAACAUGUUUUUCAUCGCUCUGUUCUCCAUGGAGAUGAUCCUGAAGAUGUACAGUUUAGGAUUUCAGGGUUACUUCGUCUCUUUGUUCAAUCGUUUCGAUUGUUUCGUCGUAAUAGGCUCGAUAACCGAGAUGAUCCUUACGAACACAAAUGUAAUGCCACCACUCGGAGUUUCCGUGUUACGUUGCGUAAGAUUGUUGAGAGUAUUCAAAGUAACCAAAUAUUGGAGAUCGCUCUCGAACUUGGUGGCUUCUUUGUUGAAUUCGAUUCAAUCAAUCGCCUCGCUUUUACUUCUGCUCUUCCUUUUUAUCGUCAUUUUCGCGCUCUUAGGAAUGCAGGUAUUCGGGGGAAAGUUUAAUUUCGCCGAUCUCCAGGACAAACCUCGGCACAAUUUCGAUAGUUUUUGGCAAAGUUUGCUCACCGUUUUUCAAAUAUUAACAGGUGAGGACUGGAAUGCAGUAAUGUAUGUUGGAAUUCGUGCUUAUGGGGGUGUUUCUAGUCCCGGUGUUAUAGCCUGCACUUAUUUCAUCGUUCUUUUCAUAUGCGGUAACUAUAUACUUCUGAACGUUUUCUUGGCCAUCGCUGUGGACAAUCUUGCAGAUGCCGAAUCGUUAACGGCCAUUGAAAAGGAAGCCGAAGAGGAGGCGGAGAAAAAUAAAUCUCACAGCGGUUCGCCAGUAAGAGACAAGAUCAGCGGUGAACAUGGGGAUGAUGGUGAAACCGGUGGGGAAGAGGACGAGGGUGGUGUUACCGAUAUGGAACAAGAUCCUAAUGAAACAAUAGAGGAUUACGAAGCUGCUUUGGAUACGGAAACAUCGGAGAAGAGCGAGGAUGGGAACACCCAUAAAGUACGUUUAAAUAUCGAAUCGGAUGAGGAAGCGGAAGAAGAAGAAGAAGAAGAAGAAGAAGCCGAACAAAAUGAGAUACACGACGAAGGACAAGAGGUAUCGGCCAGGCCACGAAGAAUGUCAGAGUACAAUACCGCUACGAAAAAACAACCAAUCCCGCCUGGUUCAUCCUUCUUUCUUUUUUCACAGACCAACAGGUUUCGAGUUUUUUGUCAUUGGCUUUGUAACCAUAGCUACUUUGGUAAUGUGAUCUUAGCCUGCAUCAUGAUAUCCUCGGCCAUGUUGGCUGCCGAGGAUCCAUUAAGUUCAACUUCGUACAGAAAUAAGAUCCUGAAUUACUUCGAUUAUUUCUUUACUAGCGUUUUCACGAUCGAGAUCUGCCUGAAAAUGAUAUCGUACGGGUUCGUUAUUCACGACGGUGCAUUCUGCAGAUCGGCGUUCAACCUACUCGAUCUUCUCGUCGUUUGCGUUUCUCUCGUUUCCAUAUUUUGGAGUUCUGGUGCAAUAUCGGUGGUCAAGAUAUUAAGGGUGUUACGGGUUUUGAGACCGUUGCGUGCCAUCAAUCGUGCAAAGGGAUUAAAGCACGUAGUACAAUGCGUCAUCGUAGCUGUAAAGACUAUCGGAAACAUAGUCCUCGUCACCAGCCUCCUGCAGUUCGUGUUCGCCGUGAUAGGCGUACAACUUUUCAAGGGCAAAUUUUUCUAUUGUAACGAUGCUUCAAAAAUGACGAAGGAAGAAUGCCAGGGUACUUAUCUGGAAUACGAAAAUGGCAAUAUCAAUAGACCUGUCGUGAAAGAAAGAGAAUGGGAACAUCGUCGUUUCCACUUUGAUGAUGUUGCCAAGGCGAUGCUGACCCUCUUUACGGUUUCAACAUUCGAAGGCUGGCCAGGGUUGUUGAAUUGGUCGAUCGAUUCAAACAAGGAAGAUCACGGACCGAUUCAUAAUUUUCGGCCGAUCGUUGCAGCCUACUACAUUAUCUACAUCAUCAUCAUUGCAUUUUUCAUGGUUAAUAUCUUCGUGGGUUUCGUCAUUGUCACCUUUCAAAACGAGGGUGAACAGGAAUAUAAAAAUUGCGAGCUAGAUAAAAAUCAGCGGAAUUGCAUCGAGUUCGCGUUAAAAGCGAAACCAGUUCGACGAUAUAUACCAAAGCAUCGAAUACAAUACAAAGUUUGGUGGUUCGUCACUUCUCAACCAUUCGAAUAUACGAUAUUCACCCUGAUCAUGAUAAACACCGUAACGCUAGCGAUGAAGUUCUAUCAGCAACCGACGUUAUACACAGAAGUUCUCGAUGUACUCAAUAUGAUUUUCACCGCAGUGUUCGCCCUAGAGUUUGUCUUCAAACUUGCAGCUUUUCGAUUCAAGAAUUACUUUGGCGAUGCUUGGAACGUUUUUGAUUUCAUUAUCGUUCUCGGAAGUUUCAUCGACAUCGUAUACUCGGAAGUUAACCCUGGCUCAACUAUCAUUUCAAUUAAUUUCUUUCGACUAUUUCGAGUGAUGCGUCUCGUAAAAUUACUGAGCAGAGGAGAGGGUAUAAGAACGUUACUCUGGACCUUUAUUAAAUCCUUCCAAGCUUUACCUUACGUAGCCCUUCUCAUCAUUAUGCUUUUUUUCAUCUACGCUGUAAUAGGCAUGCAGGUUUUUGGAAAGAUUGCUAUAAACGCUGAAACUUCGAUAUAUCGUAAUAAUAAUUUUCAGUCGUUUCCUCAAGCAGUCCUUGUUUUGUUCAGAUCUGCUACAGGUGAAUCUUGGCAAGAUAUAAUGAUGGAUUGUUCCGCACAACCAGGCAAAGUAAUGUGCGAUCCAAAUAGCGACGAAUACAAUAAUCCAUCUGGUUGUGGAUCGGAUAUAGCAUUUCCUUACUUCAUAUCAUUCUACGUUCUCUGUUCCUUUUUAAUCAUCAAUUUAUUCGUUGCCGUUAUUAUGGAUAAUUUUGAUUAUUUGACGAGAGAUUGGUCGAUAUUGGGGCCACAUCAUCUCGACGAGUUUAUUCGUUUAUGGUCCGAAUAUGAUCCUGACGCUAAAGGCCGUAUCAAACAUUUAGACGUGGUGACUUUGUUAAGAAAAAUCUCACCACCCUUGGGUUUCGGUAAACUUUGUCCCCACAGAGUCGCUUGCAAGAGGCUGGUCUCGAUGAACAUGCCAUUGAACAGUGACGGUACUGUUCUAUUCAACGCGACCCUAUUCGCUGUGGUAAGAACAUCAUUGAGAAUUAAAACCGAAGGAAAUAUCGAUGACGCGAAUGCCGAGCUUAGAGCUGUCAUCAAAAAAAUUUGGAAGAGAACCAGUCCGAAACUUUUAGAUCAAGUUGUACCACCGCCCGGAGUCGACGACGAGGUAACGGUCGGCAAAUUUUAUGCAACUUUCCUCAUCCAGGAUUACUUUCGUAGAUUUAAGAAACGCAAAGAACAAGAAAUGAGAGAAGGAGACAAAGAAUGUCAUAAUACGGUAACGCUACAGGCUGGCUUGAGAACUUUGCACGAAGCAGGUCCCGAAUUGAAAAGAGCGAUCUCUGGUAAUUUGGAAGAACUUAUGGAUGACAAUCCGGAACCUACACACAGGAGAAAUCAUUCGUUGUUUGGUAGCGUUUGGUCGAGCAUGCGCAAAGGACAUCACAGCUUCCAUAGAGCGAGAUCGCUCAAAAUGAACUCCAAGGCUUCCCCAUCGAAUUCCAUAGACUUUUUGGCGUAUCCAUCAUUGCAAAGGGGUGUCGGACCAGACGCUCCGAAUCAAAUCACUGCGAGAUCUCAUCAAGUCGUGCCAAACGUAGCCGGUGGUCUAAGCGAUAGCGCAAUGAAUCAAAUGGGAAUGGAUCCUAGAUUAACGGGGGUCGAAGAAAAUAUUCCAUUGAGACCUCUUGCCGUAUUUGGCAACACCACGCAACGUUCAACCUAUCAUAGUUCUUACAAAAUGGUCGGUCUUCAGGACGGAGUCGAGCGGCAGUUGACGCCACCCACCCCUCCGCCACGAAGGAUACCUGGACAGAGUACUAGCGGCACCGUUACCAACACCAUCAGCACCACUAGCAGCAGCACCACUGGCCCGAUCCCACAUCCUAUCAUCGGCACUGUCAACGAAACAGUCGUCGUCACAGCUGUCACGGGAACGAGUGCCAACUCCUCGACUACCGCGACCAGUCCAGCUUCCUCUUCGAAUGGCACCAAUCGUUACUAUACCUACGCGACUGGGGGCUGCUGCGUCGAUUGUGCCGUCUGGAGCAAUCACGAAAUGCGAGAAGACAACGAAUUCGAUCUCGUACCGGACACGAGCGUGGCCGUAGACGACGAGGAGGACGAAGAGGAGUUAGAGGAGUAUGAGGAAGAUGAGGACGAAGAUGAGGAGGAGGAAUUCGAGGACGAAGAUGAGGAAUCGUCGAUCGCGAGCGGCAGUACCACCGAUUCCGGCACGUGGAACGAUUACGAGGGUGUUCCACGUCCGACUGAUAAAUUACCUUUACCAUCGUCGGCAGCAGUGGGUAACGUUAAAGAGAGUGGGAGGGCGAGAACGAGGGCAAGGGCUAGGGCGAGGCCGACGCCAAUCCCAAUGUUGCGUCAGGGUGCUAAACCGACGAUGGGAAUCCGAAAAUUUGAGAGUCUACUAUCGCGGGCUACGGUGGCAGCACCAUCGAGACAACCUAGUUUCCCGUUUGGGACGAGAUCGCGACGGCAAAGCGACACCGGGGGAAAAUCGGCACCCUCCAGUUUCCGCAGAUGUCGCGAGGCCGUUUCCGAAGCGGCCGACGGGACCGCCAGCGACCCUCCAAGCGACCCCCCGACCGACCCUCCGACCGACCCUCCGACCGACCCUCCGACCGACCCGCCGACUGACCCCGGAGGAGCAACCAUCGGAAGCCUCGCGAACGGCCUCAAAAUGGCGCAGACCCAAGCGAUCGCCGUGGCCAGUUUCCUCGCCAACGUCGAUUCGCGUCAAUGGCGAGUCUGCGAGUCCUGUUUCUCCCACCGAGCCUCCUUCCACGGCAGAGUUCCAUCCUGGGCUGGGGAGAGCAACGGAAGCGUCGGAGCAGAACGGCUUACCCAUAGUUUACCUGGCAGUCCUGCCGACCGAAAGCCGAAUUUUGAAGUUAUCGGAAGCGCCGAGAGUUUGGUAGGACGGGUACUCGUUGAACAGGGAUUGGGUAAAUAUUGCGACCCAGAAUUCGUGAGGUACACGUCUCGCGAGAUGCAAGAGGCUUUGGAUAUGACGCGGGAGGAGAUGGAUCGAGCGGCUCAUCAGUUGCUCUUGGAGGAAAGACGUAGUCAAUCCUUCAGAUAUCAGCAACAACAACAACAACAACAACAACAACAACAGCAGUUGCAGCUGCAACAACUGCAACAGCAGCAACAAGAACAACAACUACUACAGCCCGGCAUGGACCAACAGUGGAACCCCGCGUAUAUGCAACCAAUCGAAAUAGGUUAUCAACCUUUGCAAGAGCAACCACCGAGUGGUACGCAACGAACGUUCCAUCAUCAGCCGAGCUAUCAUCUUCAAGAACAACAACAACAACAACAACAACAACAGCAGCAGCAGCAUCAGCCACCCUCUUAGCACAAGGAAGACGAUUGUUUCGUUAAAAAUAUUCCGUCUACGUAGCCUCGAAUUCGAACGGGUCCUCCUUUCGGACCAAUCAAAGUCGCGAGCCGUUCGAUUUUCUGUCGAUCGGGGGAGACGGAUAAAACACAAAAUAGAGAAAGAUAAACAGAAAGAUAUACUUUGCUCAGCGAUCAUCUCACCCUCGUACGAGACGCGACUCGUUGUGUACCACGCUACCCCCCAAAAAAAAGUCCUUUUUCUACUAUCCAAAUAUUUGUAUCGAUCGAUCGACGAGAGUCCACACUUUUCCUUCGGAUUUCCAAUUAGAUUUUCGAAGAUGCACAAAAAUCACGGAUCGCGAAUUAGAUAUAGUUAUCCAAACAUUUAUUUUCUUUUCUAAUCGUUUUAAAAGCUAACGUGAGAAUAAAACUAUAACCGAAUUUAACGAAAAAUGCAUAAGAAUUAUUUUCCGUGGAAUUGAUAAUCGCUUCGAGACGUACAACGUGUUCUUUCCACCGUAUAUGUUGUUUUCGUCCACCAUUUUUCUUUUUCUCGGUAUUCGAAGACUCGAAAUCAGUCAGCCGAGAUCCGCGAAACCUCAACGGACUUCCGUCCGAGAACUGGAGGAAGAAGAGGAAGACAGAUCUAUUUCCUCUUCUCCUUUUUUCUCUUUCAUUAAUACGGUAUAAAUAGAGCUAUAUUAUAUACGCAUAUAUUAUUAUUAUUAUUACUAUUAUUGUUACUACUAUUAUUAUUACUAUAAUUUUUAUCGUCAUCGCCAUCACACAUUUAUUGUCACUAUUAUAUUAUUAUCUACCAUUUAAUAUCGUUAACUAUCGUUAAUUAUUCGUUAUUAUUGUUCGUCCUCAUCGAUAGAAGUUAAAAAGAAAAGUCACUUUUAAGAGAAUAUCGCUAUUAGAGUACGGUUAAAAAAAAAAAAAAAAAAAAAAAUCAUUGUCGCUACUUGCACGAUGGAUUAUUCUAGAUGAUAUAACAAGUGCCUAAGUAUCUAAUAACUUCUUUCGGACCAGAGAAGACUUUUAUCAACAUAGACAAAGUACGACUAUAAUUGCGAAAUUAUGACGAGUUACGAGCCGUGUAUGUACACUACGAUAUUGUAACGCGAAAUAGAUAUUAUUAUUAUUAUUAUUAUUAUUAUUAUUAUUAUUAUUACUGUACAUAUAUAUGUUGCGCGCGUAUUAUUAAAAAGAAUGCGCGAUACGACGAAUGGCCGAUAAAUAAAAAAAAGAGAAAAACAAAGAAAAGAAAAGAAAAAUACAGUCCCGAAAUAAUUCGAUUAAAAAAUGUAUGAUUAUUGUAAUAAGGAGCGCGCGAGAGAUUUUACACAAAAGAAAAAAGUAUGAAACGUUCGUAUUACGUAUUCGAAAAAAUGAAAAUUUCGACCUAGAAAACACACGCUACACACACGCCACACACACGCCAAUACACAUACACUCUCGUACGCGUUCGAGCAUACGAAAGAAAAGCCUUCUCUUAUACAUAUACAGUAACUAUCGUUUAAAAUCGUACAACAUUUUCAUCAAAUUUUGUUUGGAAAUUAUUAGUAUUGUGUGUUUAAGAAUAAAGACAAUCUAGAAAUAAAUACAUUAGUAUAUAUUAAUUGCAUAUUUAAUGAGAUUAACUUUGAAAACUUUAUAUAUAACAAAUGAAUUAAAUAAAUACGAAAGUAAUGUGUAUAAAAAAAACAAAAAGUCGUAAUUAAAAAUUAUACGUGUUGGGGUGUAACUAUUGUUCUAUAACGAUAGAUUUCGAGGUGUACGGUGCGCCGAAAAUAUACACAUACAUUUCCUACGAUUAAUUAACAAUUAUUAUAAUAAUCUAAUGUACUUUAUAUAUAUAUAUAUAUAAGAUUUUUUUAACGUUCCUGCACAGUGAUGACUUUGAAGGUAAAAUUUUUGUCUAAUAGAAAAUCAAAUCGAAAUUAUUUCACAUUCAAAGUAUAUUAAUAAGUAUAUAAUAAUGUUUAAUAAUUUGAAAUAUAAGAAGAGUGCAUUAGUGCAUUAAAAUAAUUAUUAAUUAUUGAAGUAUUUCUCUCUUGUUUUUACAGUUAUACUAACACGUACGAUUUUAUGCAACGGCCGUUUUCUCGACAUUAUUUUCGUAUUUGCUUAAUUCCCUUGUUAUAAAAUAAUGCUUUCAAGUUAAACUUAUUAAUUAUGUAAUAAAUAUAUACUAAUGUAUUUAUUUUUAGAUUAUUUUAAUCUUAAGCAAGCUAUACUAAUAGUUUUCAAGAAAAAAAUCUAAUAAACGUAAUGUAAACGAUUUUAAAUAACACUCGCUGUAUAUAGACUUUUAAAUAUAGUCUAAAAUUCAACAAAAACGAAAGAUAGAAGAAGAGAAGGAAUAAAAUAAAGAGGAAGAGUAGUUAAGAAAGAAGAAAAUUAAUGAUGAAGAGACAAAUAUGGGCGUAAAAAUGAUAAAAAAUAUAUCACAGAUUUUUCAAUGUAAAUCAUUCGACGAGAGAAA